ACCAUUCGAACGAUCUGAUACCAAUACUAAGGAACAUGAUAACAGAUCAAAUUUGGGAAUAUUCUUCUCUUUCUAUUGAUUAAUUAAUAAUCCCCUCACCUUAUCGGUCGUUCUUCGUUCCAUUCUCUUGUUCCAACAAAACCGUUUAUUAUGAGUCAGAUAGGGUGAGAGGAAGGCUUCCACUUUCAUCCGUCGAAAAAGAGAGAUGAGGCUAGCGUUUUGCUCAGUUUCAUCGGCAUUGCUGUUGAAGCCUCUACCCGAUGUCUACAGUGCUUCUUUCAAUCCUAACCAAGUUCCCAAGAAUAAUAAAAUCAAGGCAGAGAUCGAAUUUAGGGUUUGUGUAAACAGGACAUGCCGGCGACAAGGCUCCAGAGAAACGCUUGAAAUCCUAUCAGGUCUUGCCCCUGCUGAUGUCUCCGUCAACUCUUGCGGUUGUUUGGGCCGAUGUGGCUCAGGUCCCAACCUCGUUGUCUUGCCCGACGGCAUCAUGGUCCGUCAUUGUGGGACUCCUUCACGAGCUGCUGAAGUAAUGCUGAGCAUCUGUGGUGGUAGCAAUGAUUCUUUGGAUGUUAAGAAGAAUCUUGAGGCGCUUGCGUUGAGGAAGAGGGGAGAGGAGGCGUUUGAGAAGGGUGCUUUUGCAGAGGCUGAGCUUUUACUCUCUCAGGCUCUUGGUCUCAAACCUUUUGGAGGUCUACAUAUCAUUCACACUAGCAGGUCUGCUGCAAGAUUGGCCGUGGGCAACACUUCUGGAGCCCUAGAGGAUGCUGAAGCAGCUUCAACACUAGCUCCUCAAUAUCCUAAGGCAUAUAUUUGCCAAGCUGAUGCUUUCUUGGCUAAGGAUGAAUUUGAAGCGGCUGAGAAGUCAUAUUCAAUUGCUUUACAGAUCGAUCCUUCCAUCCGUCGUUCCAAAUCUUUCAAGGUUUCAUCUGCUUUUUUCAAUUCUUUUUGCGGCACGGAUUACAAAACUUCAGGAGAAGCUCGCAGCUGCAAAUCUGCUUCCUUAGCUUCAAUGUUUUGACUGAGGUAAUAGAAUGCACCUAUAGUGCUAAUCCAGUAGAUGGCAAACAUACUUAGCUGCAAGCUUUCUGCAAUUUUCAGGUUUGAUCAUCACCUCCUAUUGGGUUAAGUUGACCUGUUUUCCUCAAUCUAUUUGUAAAUCAAUCAACGAGUCGCUUAAUAGAGUUUGAUCUAUUUGUGGUAUGGCUUUUUGACUUCUGAAAUCAAAAUAUUUGAAAAUUGGGAUGGAAGCUCUCUGACUCCUUUUUCAGAUUGAACAUGGGAGGUCAACUAAAAGAUUGCAACAAACCAGUCUCUAGAUACUUUUCUACCCUCUGCUCAUGUUUUCUAUUAUUUUUUUAAUAUUUUUGGUUCAAUAUCAGAAUGGAACUCAAGAUCAGUCGUAGUUGUAUUGAAUUGAUCCAACCAAAGUUGUCAAGGUGUCGCCUAGGCAAUGCCAAGUGGCGCCUUGGUCAUGUUAGCAACUAGCGAUGCCUUGACGCCUUGUUGGUGUCACCUUGAUUUUUUCCGUCCUCCAACGGCUAGGAUCGCCUAGACAGCAUGACAACUGUGGAUCAAACAAAUCCUUGGUGGAGACAAAUUAUGUCAACAGUACAGGUAUACUGCAAUUACAACACUGACCAACACCAUAAAUCAGCAUUACAUGUUACAGCUGGUUUUGUGGAUAUUUUGGACGCUAUUGGAUGAAGCUGUUUUUCUAGACAUGUUCUAAGCUGUGACACUCAAGUUUUUUGGCACCAGUUGGUGUUUUGAGGCUUUUUAAGCUUGCAUUUUUGUAGAACUCAAUGAGUGAACAUUUUUUAGAGUUGAUUUUUUUGUUCAUGAUUCUUUUUCUAGUGAAGUCAUCUGUUCCACAAGUUGCGGAGUUCUACUUCAAAGGUUGUAUUUGACAGAGAGGUCCUUAAAUGUUUAGAAAUACCUUGGAGAGAAUUGAUGAUUGUUUAUUUGGGUCUAGAUCAUAAGUUACACAAUGAUUAGGAGAAUUGUGUAAUAUCUCAUGCCUACAAAAUGCAGAGAGGGGUUUUAACAUUAUACAUGUUGGAAAAGAUCGAUCAGAUAUUUCCUAAUCACAGGAGUACAGCUGUACAGGAAUAUAACUUCAGGCGCGGUCAUUAUUCAUGACAUGGCUUAGUGUUAUUGCUAUGUCAUUUCUCUUGGUUAACCCCGGUUCAUCUCCAACACAUCCUGUUUCUCAGCGUCAGGGACUCAUUUACCAUUUUAGUUCAAGGAGCAGUCUUGACAGUCUGUCUUCAGAUAGUUUCAAAAUGAUAGUGUUUUUGCAAUGCUCAAGGUGGAACUGUACAUCCAUUGUAGGAGAACUCUAUCACGAGAUACAGGAGUGGCGAACUCCAAGGAACCACCGUGAUUCUCAGCUUCUGACCAGAUUCACAGUGGUGUCCAACUCCGCAGAUGUACCAAAAGGUCCCAAGUGCUGUUAAAUUUAUGGAGUCAUUGCCAGUUACAAGCAUCCCAAAAGUUGGCUCUCUUGUACAGCGUUCAUAGUCAGUCCUGUUUACUUGCAUUACAUUUUGAUGGCAAUUGGUCUCCUUCAGCUUUUUUGAGGCAAACAAUACAAUGGCCAGAGAGAGUAUACAUUAAUUCCUAUGGACCCACAGUAUAAACUUUUCUAAACUCCCUUAGCAGUUGCCUCACAGAGAGACAUUGGGGAACCAAGUCACACAAACUGUUCCUAUACAGGUGCACAAUGGUUAUGUGGACUACCAUUAAAACUGAUAUAUUCAGGCGUGAUGAUAAAGCUGAAACUCUAGUAUUUGAAUGGGGAUCAUUGAUUCAGCACAAGUUCCUUGAUUUGACCAUGACGACUCGUUUUUCGCAUAUUACUUUUCUUUGGUGUUUUCAUUUUUUUGGAUGCGGGGAAGGGGUUGUUUGACAGGCUGAUUUGCACUUAUGAAAGUGGGUUAUUUGUUCUGUAUGCAUAAGCACCUAUUCAUGAGGCAGAGAAAAGCAUCUCCAAGAUCUUGGAGUACAUAGCUGCAUUCUUCUCUACCAGUGUAUUGACAGCAGUAGGAGUGCAAAUGAAAAUCCUACAUCUACAGGCAUGCAGCCUAGGUUUGAAGAUUGGUUUGAACCCAGGUAUGUUGCAUCGAAACUCGAGGUUAAAAUGUAUUUUGAGGAUAUUUUUUUGAAUUUCUUUGACAUUUUGAGCAUACUGAAUUUAUUGUUUCCAAGCAA